AUGUUUGAGUUCAGUAGAAAAUGGAGAGCAAAAUUGUUAAUUUUGUUUCUCAUCUUGCUUGCAUGCAAUUUACUGUUAUACAAUGAGAGUAUAACAGAGUUGCAACAGUCUGGAUCGGAUGUUGACGAGAAUUAUCAUCCAAUCAUUAACACCGAGUUAAUCCCACACAACUUUUCAAUAAUUCGACCAAAAAAUUCAUACACAAAAAUCGAAGAGAUAAAUAUAAAAUAUUGUGGUUUCGCCAAAUGUAAAUAUUUCUUCCCGGCAUUUAUAGGCGAACAAGAAUCAAAAGCGCAGCAACAUUUUCGAAAUUUGUUACGAUUGGCCCAACGAUUAAAUCGUACACUUGUGCUUCCGAACGUGGGUGAGUCACGAAUCAACUCUUGUAAACCUUAUCCAUUUGAUUAUUAUUAUUCUCUAAAGUCUUUGCGAGAUGGUCUGUUGUCUCGGCCAAACUUAAUUUCACAAGCGAAACUUUAUGAGUGGUUAGAAGAACGGAAAAGUAUAAAGGAUGAGGAAAAUAAAUCUUUGCUUCCGACCACGAAGAUCGUUUCUAUUGAGGGAGGUGAUCGCAAAAACAGCAUAGUCACAUCUACUGCCAUUGACCUCACUGACGCAAAAUCACGACGCGAAAUUUGUAUAUCGUCAUUUAUCGAGGAAGAAAAAUUAUCGUCAUUCCCUGAACUUAAUCUUCGAACAGUCAAAUAUUACUGGAAAAGUGAACAAAUUCGUGAGAGGACAACAAAAUUCUUUGAAGAGAAUCUUCAAAAUGAUGAAUCGGAAGUUAUGUUCAUUCUUUACACUUUAAGAUAUCCAUUUAUCGAUGCUACACCAUUGCCAAUUGCAUAUUCUGAAAAACUUGUUGAACUUGCUCAGACCGCGGCAUCAUCUAUUCAUCCGUAUGUUGCAGUACAUUGGCGUAUGGAAUUAGCCGAUGAUCACAAGCUUCCAACCUGUGCUAAAGAUCUUGUAAAAUAUCUUCAAAAGCUAAAAAAGGAACGUGGAAUAACAAAUGUAUACUUUGCAACUGAUUAUCCAGUUGACGGAGGGCCAAUUCAUUCGGGAACUUUUCAUACACUCAAUGAAAAUCAUCAUGAAGCCAUCGAUAUUCUUCGAAAAAAGAUUGAUUUUUAUACCUGGAAGAAAUUAUCUAAUAACAUAACUGUGGAAAUUGAUGAGGAAGAAGAUGAAAGUGCAAGUGUAAUGGGAAUACUUGAUAAAUUGGUGUUAACGCAUGCGGAUUGGUUCGUAAGUGGUCCACCUGGAUGUCGCAAAGGUUCUAGCUCAUUCACCACACAGAUAACCUUACAAAGAAGCAAAAUGAUAGAUUAUCAAAAAAAACAAGCAGCAGGGAUACAGCGAAUAGACGAUAACAUUGAAGAUAAUGACGCAUCGAUUCCUAUACAAGAGGAGACCAUUAAUGACCCCGAAGAGGAAAACUAUUACUCAAACGAUCCAAUUAUCUUAGGAUCCAGUGAACUCGAACUGUUGAACGUCGGAGAAGAAUGGUGA